UUAGCGUCUCUGGCACGAGAGAUGCGGCGGUGGCUGCUGCCGUGGCUGCUACUGCUCCACAGUCCCGCGACUCCGCACGGCCGGGAAGCGAGUUUCGUGAGCGCGCGAGCGAGAGACGCGGAGUCCGCCAGUCCAGCACGAGCAGCAGCUCGGACCCGAGGGUCCAGCCGCGAGGAGCGUCCGCGUCCUCGUCGUCGUCGUCGUCGUCGCCUUCUUUCCGGAGCGCCGAGAUCGCCGCCGAGGGAAAGGAGUAGGAGCGAAAGAGAGAACCCCCUCGACGGGCUGCGGCGUAAGACAGCGGCGGUGGUGGUGGUGGUGGCGGCGGCGGCAGUGGUGGUGGUGGCGGGCAGAAAUUUCGCGACCGCGCGCAUCGCAGCUAAGACAACGCCCCUACCCGGCUCGGGUUCUUUAAGGCAGAGCAGCGCCGCGGCGGCGCUCACACGGACGGCACGCACACAGGCAGCCGGCUCGCAGCGACAGAGAAGGGGGUGGCUUUUAGCCGAGACGCACGCGGUCUGAGACGCGCCGCGCCACCACCGCGCGCCGCACACACCACCACGGAGCUGCGCUCUCCCCAUCAGCGCCGCUGCUUCUUCUUCUCCAGCCGCCGCCGCUUCUGCCGCCGACGCCGCCGCCGCCGCCGUUCGCUGCUGCUGCUUACGUGCACGGAGAAGGACUUAGAAAGCAUUUCUCGCGAGGAGCGCCGUCGCCGCCGCCGUCGCCGCCGCCGCCGCCGCCGCCGACGUCAGUUCGCUUCCUUCGGCCGUUAAGGACUCGCUGCAGCGCACAGAGAGGAGAGCAGCAGCAGCAGCAUACCAGCCAGCCGCGAGAAGAGGGAAAAGGACGUGGAACGGGCGGCCGCGCGCGCGAGCGAGAUAGUCUCUCUUUUCGCGCGAGGGAGCGGGCGCACACACACGCGCGCGCCUCCCUCUAACGUCGUCGCCGACCGUCGUCGUCGUCGUCUCCGUCUCCGCCGCCGCCGCCGUCGUCGUCUUCAACCGCGAGUAGUACUACGGAGCAGUCGUGUCUUGGCGCUCGUACCCUUGAGCACGCACCUACCUGCGCUCCUCUCCCAACGCAACGCAACUUGGAUUUGGAUGCCACCCUUGCGGAUCUUCGGACUCGGACUUUGGAUUUAUUUCGAGCAGAGCCGCUGGCCACUUGUGGACCACUGCUCACGGCGCUGAUUUUCGCCACGGUUACCCAGCAGCCAGCGUGACCCUUCGAGCGGGAGACGCGUUACAGCGAGUUAUUCCCGCGCAGGAGAGGAAGACUGGACGAAGCGGAAAAAGCAGAAUAAGACAAGAAAGCCGAAGAAGACGAGCACAAGAAUAACGGUUAGAAGCGGGGUAGUAGCAAACCGAGUAAGAGAGAGUAGGAUCGGAGAGUAGCAGCUUUAGUGAAAGUGAAGGAGCAGAAGAGUAGAGAGAGAAGUGAUCGAGGUUGAGAGAAGACCAACAUCACAAAGGACAAACGUGCAAACCUCGAAUCAGUCGGAGAAGAAGAGAGAGAGAGAGAGAGAGGGAGAGAGAGAGAGCGAGGAAGAGAGAAAAGUGAAAAGAGGUUGAAGAGUGAAAUAUUAAGUAGUAAAGAGGGAAUCGAGUGAAGAGUACGUAGAGACCCCGCGCCGCAUACAUAUAUAUUUCAGUGUGUUCAACAAACGAGUGUACCUAAGUGCAAUAUUAAUUAAACGAUAGUAACAAAAAGCUACUACCAUCGACGAUCGGUACGACGCGGUUAAUCGAUAAUUGAUUAAAAAGUAAAAGUAAAACCUCUUCAAGAUUAAUACUAGAGUCGCAUUUUUCUCGAGAGGCAGGUUUCGACGGACUUUGACAACGCGCACAUCACGAGAAGGAGUGACAGGGAGCACAGCAGUAGUAUCAAGCCGAGGAGAAUCCAGGACAAGCGUAUCCCCUCAAGCAGGAGAUGCUAUCGUUCCGCUGAAAAUAAUACUCACCAAUCGAGAGAGAGAGACUCGACGAAGGUCGGAUCACAGACACAACAAUCUCACACACACACACACACACAAACCAGCACAAACACAUAACGGGGCUUAAAAAACUCAGGGCAACACAAGUGGAACGAAAGCAGUGAGACUUGAUCGCUGGACUUCUUCGAGGAUCCAGAUAAUCACCAAAUAUUUACAAGAUAAGCAGGAGAGAGCAGAGAAGACGGCGACCACUCCUUCGAACAUUCGACCAAAUAGACAGCGUCAAAGUGUCCGUGAACCUCCAUCUCGUUCACACCGUCCGGGCUGGGCAAUCCUGAAUUUAACCUGAACUUAAGUGUACGUAUAGAGUUUAAGUAGAUAGAAGAAAGAAAAAUAAGGCUGUCCUCCGUCGAGUGCGAGGACAUCCAACAGAGAGAACGCGCGCGCAUGAUAAUACCCACACACACACGAGUCACCACACACACCAGACAAUCUACGACGGUACACGACUUGUAUAUAAUAAGGACGGACAAGAACGACGAAGAAGACGAGGAAGAAGAGGAAUUGGCAGGAGAGCGGGGAAGACCGAAAUUCGCCAACGCUAUACAAUAGUAGAAGUGCAGAAGAGCCCGAACGACAUCAGUCACCAAUCAUCGAGCUUUGAUGAGCCACAAGCAGCAAAGCAGCAGCAGCAGCGGCAGUGAAGAUCUCGCAGCAGUGAGGCCGCCGAGGACGAGGUCGCAGCUCGCAUCCGUGCCCGAGUGAGCUCCGGUCGACCACGACGCUACCACCGUACCCGAUAACGUGGAGUGAGGUCGUGACCUCGCUUGACGAGUGACGGCGGCGAACGCGGAGGUGCGCCCGUCGUCGAGCUGCUUCGAGACAGGAGUGCCAAAAAGCGAGCAAGCUGCGCCGGAAGGGGGUAGCCCGGGCUUCUCGCGAAGGCCUCAAGAUUUCGGACGCGACGGCGGCCCUGGACCUACGCGCCCAGUCGCAAGCCCAAUCGGAAUUUGGCCUGGAGCAGCAGCCGCAGCCGCCACACCAUCAUCAUCAGUCCCAACAGCAGCAGCUGCAGCAGCAGCAGCACCAGCAGGGCCAGACACCGGGAGACCCAUCGCAAAAUCCGACGGACAUUCGCACCCCCCAUCCGCCGUAUCACCAGCAGCAGCAGCCGCCCCAACAGCAGCAGCUACAGCACCUCCAGCAGCAGCAGCACCAUCCCCAGCACCAUCCCGGUAACCACCAUCACUCUGGCGAUUCGGGGGGUGGGAUAGAAGGCGGAGGGGGCGGCGGAGGAGACCCUGCUGCUGGUGCUGCUGGUGCGGGAGCUGGAGGAGCUGGACACGUCGGCGGCGCGAUCGCGGCCAGGCCCGCGAAGAUCCACAACAACGAGGAGGACGAGGACAUCACCGAGCGCGACGAGGACGAGGAGGACGAGGAGCCCAGCUCGCCCGAGGCAGACCUUGCCCCAGAGCCGGAGCCCAUGGAGGUCCAGGCCUCGGCGAUGUCCGCCGCGGCGGCCAAUCUCCACGCCCUGCGUCAACACGUAUUCAAAAUGUCCGAUUACUGGCCCCAGCCUCCCCAGCGGGGGCCACCCCAGCACUCGCCCGGGAUGCAGCACAGUCCGCUGCAGAACUCCCAGCAAAGUCAGCACCAGAAUCAGCAGCAGCAGAACGCCAUGCACAGUCCGCUCGGCCAGCAGCAGCAGCAGCAGCAGCAGCAGGCCAACGCUGCCCAGGUGCAGCAGCAGCUCAAUAGCAACGGCGGACUCGGACAAAACGCUGCCUCGCAGAUGCAGCAGCAGCAACAGCAGCAGCAGCAACAGCAACAGCACGCAAUGUCGAUGGUGCAAGGUUCGCAGCAGGGAGCACAGCAUCAGUCCUCCCCGGCGCCCACGACACCCUCGCCGCAGGCUGAUCACCAGAACGCCAUCGCCUCGAGCAUGGCCCAGAGUCUGCACAAUCUUGCGCAGGCCCAAGCCCAGGCCCAGGCGCAGGCUCAGGCUCAGCAGCAGAGCAUGUCCCAGGCCUCGAGUCCGUCUCUCGCUGCCGUGCAGGCGGCUCAGGCGCUGAACUCGAAUCUCGGCCAAGCCCUGACCCAGGCGCUAGCGCAGAACAUGCAGCAGAACCUGGGACAGACGCUGCAGCACAACCUGGCCCAGAGCCUCACGCCGAGCCUGUCGCCCCAGCAGCAGCAGCAACAGCAGCAACAACAGCAGCAACAGCAGCUGCUGAAUCAGCCGCAGAAUCUGAGCCAAGCCAGCCAGAGCCUGCAGCAGAGCAUGCAGCAGCAGGCGCAGAACCUCAGCCAGACAUUGCAGCAGCAAGCCCAGAACCUCAGUCAGAGCCUGACCCAGCAGAGCAUGCAGCAGCAGGCGCAGAACCUCACACAGACGUUGCAACAGCAGGCCCAGAACCUCACGCAGAACCUCCAGCAGCAGGCGCUGAACAUGGCCAACUCGAUCAGCCAGAACGGAGGUCUGCCGGGAAUGAACGUCCAGGGUAACCAGCAGCAGAAUAACCAGAACUCCCUGCUCAGUCCUGGCGCUGGCAGCCAAGAUUCGCACGACGCCACCUUGACCGAGAAGCUGGUUAACGAGCUUCAGUCUCGAGCGGCCAGCCUCGUAGGAAACGCCGCAGGCGGCGGCGCGGGAGGAGCUGGAGCAGGAGGCAACGGAGGUCAAGCUGGCGCGGGCCAGGGUGGCGCCGGUGGAGGCGCCGGUGGCAUGGCCAACAUCAGCGAUCGCACCCUCGAGGAAUGCUGGUCCACUCUGCAGCGAUUCUUCUCGCAGAUCUUCAUGCACAAGAACGCGAUGCAGAUGCACGCGCGUGAACUCGGUGCGGCGGCUGGUGCCCUCGGCGGCGCGGGACGUCCCGGCUCCGGCGGUGUCGGAGGUGGCCUCGCCGGUCUCGGCGGUGGCCUCGGCGUGGGAGUCGGCCCCGGGGGCAUGAUCACCGGCAACGAGGUCAAGCCCCACCAGUGCCAGCAGUGCCUCAAGUCCUUCUCGAGCAAUCACCAGCUGGUCCAGCAUAUCAGGGUGCACACCGGCGAGAAGCCCUACAAGUGCAGCUACUGCGACCGCAGGUUCAAGCAGCUCAGUCACGUCCAGCAGCACACGAGGCUACACACCGGUGAACGGCCGUACAAGUGCCACCUACCGGACUGCGGCCGGGCCUUUAUCCAGCUGUCGAAUCUCCAGCAGCACCUCAGGAAUCACGACGCGCAGGUGGAGCGCGCCAAGAACCGGCCGUUCCAGUGCAACAUCUGCGGCAAGGGCUUCGCCACCGAGUCCAGCCUGAGGACCCACACGUCGAAGGUCAGUCAUAAUCAUUGCCAAAUGCUACUUUCGUCACAAUUACUGCAAAAUCAAGUUGACAUUCGGGAGCUGCAACAGCGUGUUGUGUUCCAGCAACACAAUUCCCUCAUCGGUGGGCCCAGUGCCACCAGCUGUCCUGUAUGCCACAAGCUCUGUCUGGGCGGCGAGGCCCUCAUGGAGCACAUGAAGAUCACGCACAAGGACCCCAACGCAUCCGGCGUAGCCAUUCCCACCGCUGACUGCACGACCUCCGUUGCCGGGGUUUACUUAGCGAAGCGGCGUACCGCCAACCAUCCCUGCCCCGUCUGCGGCAAACACUACGUCAACGAGGGUAGCCUGAGGAAGCAUCUCGCCUGCCACCCGGAGACCAGCCAGCUCAGCACCAGCCUGAGGAUGUGGCCCUGCUCCGUAUGCCAGUCCGUGUUCACGAACGAAAGUGGCCUGCUAACGCACAUGGAGCACAUGAGGAUGGACCCGAAGCACCAGUUCGCGGCGCAGUACGUGCUGAGCCGGGCCGCCGCGGAGAGGCGGGAACGCGAGCUGCUCGCGGGUUCGAGUCUGGAACGUUAUCUCUCGUGUUCAGGAGCCGGCCUCGGUGUACUCGGAAGCCAGAUGGGAGGACCCCAGAACCUCCAGCAACCACCAAUGUGCCCUUCGCCCUCGGCCCAUUCGGACAGCAGCAGCGGAAACGGCAGACUCUCGUCGGCCGGUAGCGAACCUGAUUUUUACGCAGGCGCCGGUUUACUAAACAACAACAAUAACAACAAUAACAAUAACAACAUGGCGUCGCCGGGACCGAGCGGCAACAAGCUCAGCGAGAUGCUGAGGGCCGGCAAUCAGCAGACGACGGCCCAGCAGUACCACGACGAGAUGCAGUCGCAGCAGCAGCGAAUGGCCGUCAUGGCCGCCGCCGUUUCAGCAGGACUGCAGAACUCGGUGUCGCCGAACCUGUCGCCGGUGGAAGUGGCCUCGCUGGCCGCGGCCAUGCGCAUGGGCAACAACGGAGACAUGGGCGGCGCGGGCCAGGGCUCGACAGGCACACCCGGCCAGCAGCAGGGCGUCCAGUCCUCGGGGACGGAGCAGGCGCUCAGGUUACAGCAGGCCGAGGCGCUGCUGCGCUCGCAGGCCGAGCACGCCCUCAGGCUCGCGGUGUCACAGGCAGCGGCGGCCGCGGCGAGUUCCGCGAACGACAUGAGACAUCAUCUGGGACAGCACAACGGCGGGGGCACGACUGGUAUCCCAGGACACCACGGCAACCAGCAGCUAUCUCAGCAAGAUACGCUUUCUCCGGAUUUGGGGGAGGCUCUCCGACUCCAAGAGCAACGACUGGAGCAAGCCUUGAGGCUUCACGGUGACCCGCGGGCCCUGAGCUUCACCCUCCAGCACGUUGUCAACCAACAGAACAACCAGCAACCAUGAAAAUUCAGUUACUACUGAGACGAGUGGACCCCUUGGACGCAGGACAGUACAGCGUCCGCCUCGCUCAACUCCAUGGACAGCUUGCACGCGCAACAGCAGCAGUUGCAACAGCAACAGCAGCAACAGCAGCAGCAACAGCAGCAGCAGAUGUCCCUGGCUAACGAGCAACAGCAGCAGCAACAGCAGCAAGGAGGCGUGAAGCUGUCGAUUCCUCAGAUCCACGACGAUCAGCGUGGCAUCAAGAGGAAGGCCGACGAGAUGAGCGGCAACGUCGUCGAGAACGCGUAGGCCAUGCGCCCUGCCAGACGACACUGCGUCCAAGUGAGCGGUCAAUUCUCAAUCACUCCCAUGUCUCAGCUAGUAACGGAAAAAAACAUUAUGCACUAUCGACUAAACUGGAUACUAAACCCGAGUACAACGCAAGUAUUUUCACGAAAGACAAUAUAAAUGUAAGAGAGCACCGGCGAAUAGCAGCGAGCGCAAGCAGUCAACGGACAAGACGAGCGUGAGCGUGUGACGUAUAUAUGCGUGUAUCGUACCAUUGUAUAUUAUUAUUAUGUUACGGCUACGCGAGAUAUGCUAUGAUAUAUUGGGUACACGCGAGUCGCGCGACCUGCCCCGUCUUCGGGUGCUUCAGCGAUCGAGGACUAAUUUUGAAGAGCGACUGAUGCACGGACUGGUCAAGCGGUCGCUGAUUCACACGCGGCAGAGGUCGUAACGGCGUUAGCAUUGACUGUUUCGAUCGCGUUGUCGACCGUCUCUGACGACAGAGCCAGACUCGGUCAAGCCGGGACUAUACAUUUUAGAGAGAAAAGAUCCGUUGUAGGAUGCUCGAGUGCGGCACGGGGCGGGCGAGACUUUGAUAGUUCAAAUGGAUAACAACCCACGUCGCGUUCGUUCCUCGCGCUCGAGUUCCGCAAACGUGCCAUAAUUAAUUAAUAACGAGCAUGAGCAGCUGUGUACUGCUGCCGAACGCGGACCUCCGGCCUCGACUCGCAACAAUGCCUAGUCUCGCUGAGGGAUUAGCAAGUCGCAGACGAGCCUCGAGGACCGGGAGACCGCUUCCUUGAACUAUAACUUGUAGUGAAAAAAAAAUAAAAAAACAAAUAAUAAGAAUCGCGGAGUGACGGGUCUCGGGCCACCCAUGGAACUCCGCGAGAGGCUCAACAGAACUCGAAGCUAAAGCUUAGCUGAUAAUUAUAUAAAUGAAAGAAAUGAAAACAUUGUAUAGGACUUUAUCAGACUUAAGGUUCCCCCAGAAUUCCCCUUCAAGACUUUUUCCCCCAAGCGUAAUUUUUAGGAAUCGUGAGAUGACGAGUUGUUUAUAAGCCUGUAUGAUAAAAGGAAUUCGCGACGCGCGAUGUCGUCGUAUCGGUACAAAUAAUAUAACGCCGCGAUUAAUAAUUGCAAAAAAUGAUAAUAAGAAGGUUGGCGUUGAUUAUACUGUAGUUAAUACCGAGCGGGACAGACAGAGACGUCGCGCGUACGUGGAAUAUAAUCGACGGUUUUAAAGAUGAUGAUUAAGAUGAAAAUAAAGGACGAGACGCUUGACUGACUGACACUCUGUAAUACACAAACACUAUGUAUGUUUACAUGCGUGUUUUCACGUACUAUAAUCACGCAUGUAUACGUAUAUGUACAUAAAUGUGGAAAUGCAUAAACAUUUUUGAACAUACAAUAUAUACGUCAUUACACUUGUGCAAAGCGACACACGGUAAUGAUGAUGAUGUAAAUCGUUAGUAAUAUACAUUGAAUACGAGUAAUACACGAUACACACUGAUACAUAAUGUACACACACAUACACACUCAUCACGAAAAUGAUUUAAAAACAUUGAAGAUGCGCGCAACUGUGCUCGUUAAAGCACAAAAACUAUUAGCUCGUAAGCGAACAAACAAAAUAUAAUUAUUACAAACAAGUUAUAUUAUAUAUAUUAUAUAUACAUGCAGAAUAUGACGAGAGGAAAAAAGCUCUAAGAAAGCGUAAAAAAUCGUCGCGACAGAUGAGACGAAGAAAGAGAGAUAAAAAAUCUAAAUGCUAAAUAUUAUAUAUAUUAUAUAUAUAAAUAUUAUAAAUAAUGAAUAUAGGGUCUAUGAGACUAGCGUAGUUAGGCGAAAAAGAUAAAGUGAGUGAGAAAUAUAAGCGUGACCGUGAGAGAAUGAGAAAUUCGCGCGCGUGAAUGCGAAUAAUCGGGUGAAAGUUGAUGAAUUAAUAAAAAAAGAUACGCGAGCAUAAAUGCGAAAUAGAGGUGCGAAUGGCAGACGCGAAGAUAACAAAUUUUUCUGCGACGGGCGUGAUUGAGCGUAAUCUGAGGUCCUGUGAUCGUUACUAAGCGAAAUAUUUUUUUAUUUCCGAUAUGUAAACGCGUAAUGAAAUUUUGCGUCGUUUCGAACUUUUUACUUGCAAUAUAUACCGUUACGUUCUCGCAAUACUAUUAGGGAAAGCAAGAGAUUAAAACAAAAGUUAAACGGGUGGGUCUUUCGAAUGGGUAUAAAUGAAAAAAUCGAGACACUAUCGAUUGUUAAAAAAGAUAAAUAUGGCUAAUUAAAGGGAAUUGAUUAAAAAAUUAUGGGGUUUUUAAACGAUGGCGAAAAGGCACAAAAAAUGGAAAGGCAAGUCCGUUAUAGGUUCUAACGAAGAUAAAAAGGGAUUGAGCGCAAUCCGUUAACGAACGCCGCUUCGAUAACACCGGAGGCACGCAUUUUGUAGACGAUUUGCGCCCCUUUUAAAGUCAUGGUCGUUCGCGCUUUCGAUGGGGAUACCUUUCGACGAGUCCAGACGAUGGAAAACCAUAACAUCAACUAAAAAUCAUAAACGAAAAACUUAUAAGAGAAAAUGUCGUUGACCGAAGACUAGUCACAUGUGGCGACGUUCAAUUCAAUCUCGAGAACACGAUAGAGCGAUUUUUUAGCCAAAAAAGUACUUUAGACACGGUAUUCGGUGCAAUCAAAAGAUACGAGAUAUUCCGCGACCUUUUCUACUGAAACUUGUUAAGCAAAAUAAAUAAUUCAGUAAGUUCCAAAAUGAUCGCGAUCGCGAGAACGAAUUCAGCGUUAGGAAUUGCGACCAGUUAUUUGGUCAGUCGUGCAUUUUUGUUUUUCGAUAGAAAGAAACGCGUAAUUCAAAUAGCCGCGUCGCCCAGGGCCUUUCAACUAUCGGGACGAGCAAAACAAAAAGGAAAAUUUUCAAACGAUCGCUAAAGGAUUCAUCGUAAAGCUACAUUUUAUCGAUCGGCACCGCCUCGUCUCGGGGCUCGCUUAACGCUUCAGCCAAAAAAUGAGAAAUCAAAAAUCUGUACUAUUCUAAUUGCAAUCAUCACCGUUUCAAAUUCAGACUAACUUUGUAUUGUUGGAUAUUAUUCGAGUCAAAAGAUCGGAGUAUGUACCAAUGAAGAAAUAGAAGCCCUCUUUGAUGAGAUAAACCUUCGGAGUUUUCUAAAAUCGUUAAGAAAAUUGAAGUGGAGCCAAGCGAGCCCCCUGUGAUGCACGCGCGACGAUCAUUGGUCGGUUUUAAACAUCGGUUUUUCUUAUUAUUUAACAGGAAUAAUGAGUAAGUAAGUAAUUUUCACCCCCAAUGAUGAACUUUUUCGUUACAGAGAGUUUUUUCCUCGGAUUAAGUAGUAUGUAAAUACACCUCUUGAUAUUCACGCAAGCAUAAAGAAUUACAAUAACUUAAACGAGUACAUAAUGCAAUAGGGUUAGUUUUUCUAUGUAAAUACCUAAAGCGCGGCGGCGAGUGCAUACCCUCGCCCGCGUAACCAAACGAUAAUAUACUUUUAUCGACCAGAGCUUCUGUUUUGUGCGUCGAUUCGCGCGGGCAAAUGAUUAUAACUAGAAAUGGAGAUAAAAAUACAGCGGACGCGCUAUCCGCGAACGGCCGCGCCUACCUCGGCACGGAUGCACACUGCAACUUUCGCGGAGCAACCUUUUUUGGAAAUAACGAUGAUCACACUGAGUGCAAAAAUGAGAAGCAGUUUUCUCGAAAAAAGGCCGACAACGGAACUAAGAGUCUUUACCGUGACGAGGUGCGCGAGACGUUUUGUAAAAGGCUGGCGCGUCCGCGCAUUUGUCAAAGGGCCAAGCGGCUUCGAUCGGGAAAAUUCUUGUUUUUUCUUUCUGCAAUGAAUAUGAUAACAAAAUGCAAAAACUUACACGGUUGAACAAACAAUGAUUAAGCAAAACGAAAAACGCGACACGCGGCAUACAUACAUAACAUUCACACUGACACUCACGAUGAGAAUAAGUGCAACACACUCCCUGGCAUUGCGAUGGUUGUACAAUUAUGCAAGCCUUUCUAAACUGAAAAACGAUAUGCAACAUGUACACUUUUUACCACACACACCUUGCACCCACCGGCACCACGACUGGCCGCCUCCACACACAUGUCACUGGUAGGGACCAACGUUAUUUGUAUCUCUAACCCGUACUUUUUUUCGCGUUUUACGGUUGUCACAGUGCAAAGCUGACUUUCCUCGAUAACCCGUCCCUUCUUCCCUCGGAAAAAAAAAUAACAUUUUCAUCAUUCGACCAACAUUUGGUGGCUAAAUGCUUUUCGCACUAUACUUCCCUGGAAAAAAAUAGAGCCAAAAAAAUGCUCACAGGUGAUCGACGCAAGCAUUUAUUCGACGCGAGCAAAUAUAAAGGCAAACCAAACUUGCGCGAGAACUUUUCAAAGGCGUCUAAAGGCUACUGUGUAGAUUUUUACGAACGUUCGAGAGUUAAAAGCAAAAUAUUGAAAAUCGCAAAAUCGUGUACUUUUUUACUUUUCCCGGUCCCUAAAGAGAACAAAGACAAAAAUCAGCAAAAGCAUAGAUGCAAAUCGAAAAAAACAAAACAAAAACAAACACCAACGAUACAAAAACAUCCAAGUACCUAAUACAAACUACAUCCACAUCACGUCGAUGACGUUCCUUCACUGACACACUGCAACAACAACUGUGCAUCAAAAGAGCCAUGAGACCAUCGACAUGGACGUGACAGUUUAUAUCGAUGAGCGAAGGAGCGAAAUCAACGGAGACCCGGUGCAUCCACAAGCGUUUUUCUAACGCAGGCCGUAUACUUCGAUAUUCGGCUGCCGAACGAACCAAACAUAAAUUUUUUCAGAAAAAGUCAACACACGUUAAAGAAAAAAAUGAGAAAAAAUGUAUACUCAAAAACGAAUUCGCCCGUUAAUGCGAGCCGUGCCCCGCGAACGUGUACAAUAAAUAAAAAACUCUCUUUUUUAAACAUUAAUGGAAAGGUGAAUAAAAAAGAAGACGAUGGAAGAAGAAGCACAAUUUACAAAUAGCUCGUAGUGUAUGUUCUGUAAUCGAUUGAAAGUUAAACCGCGACGAUUCUUAAACGAAACGUGUAACGUAAACAGUAAAGUAACGAAGUAAAUAAAUGAAUAAAAAAAAAGUGAGUCGACGCGUCGCAACGAGCCGACGUGGAAGCUGACGGCCGUACCGGCGCGCGGCGGUCGUUGGCCAAAUUGAAUAAUGAGAGAAACGUCGCGCGACUUGCGGCGCCGAGACGCAAAAAAGCACAAAAAAAUUUACAAAUAUAUUGAUUUACAUAUGCCCGUAACUCGUAAGAGGGCCAGCGGCGCAGACGAGAGGAAACUCUACUCGAUUGAUGGAAAAAAAAAUACCGGAGCUUCGACUCAGUCCUCAAUUCGCGUGCCUCGCGCGACGCGUAAAAUAAAAAGCGCAUGCUCGCGCGCGCGGCUAGUAGUCCGCGGCGAGUAUGGUCAGACGCGGUAGCGGUCAGGUAGCGCUUCGCCGCAAAGCCAACACGCCUCCGAUGAAGGCGAAGCGCGCGACCCGAGGGAACACCCAGAGUACUGGCGAUUGACGGAAGCGAGAACGAUAGCCCCGUAAUAGGUAGAUAAGAGUGAGCGCAUCUCGCUCUGCAAAGCCGGCCCUGCCCAAUAAUCUUAAUCUACUUCAUGUAAAUUUGCCUAAAUGUUUAUUAAUCUAAAAAUGCCAUAGCCCGGAUGCGCUGGUGCAUACUCCCAGCGCAUACACAUUCACAAAUACGACUCGACCUUAUCAAAUGAAUCAAUAAUGCCCGUGGGCGCGAAGUGUCGCGUCGCGGGCAUUCGGCCUCGGCGGCGAAAUUGGUGAUCGCCGACCGAGCCAACCCACAGACGCGCGCGGCGUCACGCACGCUGCGCGCAAACAACAACGAUACAACGACAUUCAAUAUAAAUAUGCCACUCCAGAGAAACACACAGUUUAACGGCGCGGACGCGGCAAUGCCCAUGCCGCGGUUCAGCUGCCGACCGGAUUACAAAAAUAGAUGAAAAAAAUAAAGCCCUGGUUUUUUGGAACUGUUCAAGGGACGCGCGCACGGCCCCACGCGCGCGCGGCCCCCAUUCACAUUUGCAUACACGGGAGGCCUCGCGGCCUCUCACAACACGCUACACUUUACAAGCUACACACUCGACUACACACUCUGAUACACAUUCGGUAAAAUAAAAAAUACACACGCUACGGAUAUGUAAAGCCAAUUGAUUUUGUAAAUUGCCCAAAACUUUGUAAGCUAGAGGAAGUAUCGCGUAUUUGGCUACAACCUUCACUGGAAUCUCUCGGUCACUCGAUAUGACAAUGGAAUUCAGAGUCGACGGCCUCCGGGGCGGCGGAGCGACGAGCCAUCAGCCGAGCGAACGCCGGAAGACCGGGCGCCAAUUGGCGGGGAAAGAUUUUUCUUUCCCCGCCAAUGAGACACGAUGGCGAACGGCGUGCCGCGAGGGCUAGUCGUUUUCCCCGCGUCGAACGCCCGUCGAGCCGAUUCGGAAAGCGCGAGGAGCUAAAUUCUUUCGUGGAAGCUAGGAGACGAAAAAGAAAAAAAAACGAACAAAACAGUGAGAAAGAAAACUUCGUACGUUGCAAGAAGGAUAUUUACAUUCAACGGCGAAUUCGCGGCCUUUGUUUGGAUGCACGUAGAGGCGUUUUGAGAAAAGGAAAACAGCAACAACACCCGGACACGACCAAUUACAUCUCGGUAGAAUCUUACCGACAUACACAUACCCCGGAUAUGACGAACUCGGAUUUGACAAUAAUCGAGCUCGGGGCCGAUGCAUGUAUACCUAUCGGCCCCCGGCGAUCCAACAGCCUGACUAUAGAUAUGAAUGAGAGAUGAAGAAGCCGACAGUGAAAAGACAGAGCGAGAGAAAGAGAGUAUGCAGAAAGGCGGCGCGACACGAGGAGGCAAACGAAUCACAAUACAAAGAACGUCGCGCCGCCGCACACAAUAAAGUCCGGCUUUUAAACAAAAAGUAAUAAUAAAAAAAUGAUGAUGAAGCAGUAAAUAAAUGCGGCUUUAAUCAAGCAAAGAAAGUUCAUUUGUUUUCGAUCGGGUUUUAAUUUUUUAAUGAAAUAAUCUUGCAGUAAAACGAAUACGCGAGCAGCGCGCACCGGUUCCCCCAGGUUUCUCAGCCGUGUCUGCAGAGACGCGGCUGAUCGACCGCUGAGCUGACGUGUGCUCGCGCGUAUUCCCGAUAUACCGUAAUAAUGCGCAGCAAAUGAAAACCGACAGUCUAUAGCAGUGCGAGCGCCUCGGCGUCUACACGCGUCUUCACGCGUGCGGAUCACUGUCCGAGCCUCCGUGAUUAAAAACCGGAAUAAGUUGUUUCAAUGUCCACUAUAUAAAACGGGAGCCAAUAGUUGUUAAGACGGCGGGUCUCUGUGUCUUCUUCUUUUGCCCAAUCACUCUCUCUCUCUCUUUGGAAUGCAGUCGAAAUUUCGAAAUUUCGGAAACGCACGUAGUCAAAACGAGAAUAAUACGAGUUUCGGAAGAUUAAGAAAAAUUGAAAAAUCAACUCUUCGGAGACACUGAGUAUCUAUCGAUCGAGCAGAGAGCACAGAAGACGACCCGCCGCGCUAUCGCUGGCCGGUGGAGGCAACAUCUGGAGAUUUUCCGAUUUCCGGACUGGACCCUCCCUCGGCGAGUGUAGCACUUUUCAAAAUAUUCUCCGAUGUUUUGUUCAACGGGAAUAUACUUUUUUUUGUCCCCGAUGCCCCCAAAGUUCUCAUCCUCCGCAUGCGAGUCCGAGAAGCCGACCGAGUCACACUGAAAAUUCAAUCCGUGAAAAGUAUAUGCACUGAUCCUUCCGCAUAAUUGGCCUGACGUAUAACGUACAGAAUGAUAUAAGCCGUCGAGUGGGUGCCUCUGUAAGGGUUUUUCCGUUACAGUAACAAAGAUUUUUCUCAAAUAUAAACCACAACAGUUAGUAGUGCUAGUAGGAAACAGUAAUUACAAGUGUACCACAGUUAAACAGUUGAUAAGUAUAACUUAAAUACAGGAAGCACGUCGUCGUCUUUCUCAGUGUCUGCUCGUCGUUUAUGCAACCGCAGUCAUCGCGCCAAGUGCCGACAGACGUAUAUUCAUCCGUACGUCUGUCCGAGAAAUCAAAGAACCGCGAACAAAAACAUGAACAAACAUUUCCUGAUCCCGAAAUACUAAUAAGAGUCCUCCCAUACUCUUCCUCUGGAGGGUGGAGGCUCCUCUUUCGGAGGACGCCUCUACGCAGCCCUCGUCAAUGUCAACAAACCCGCACAAUCCCUGAAAUUGAUCUUCCAAUCCAAAGGAGAAAAAUAGAGAGUUCUUCCAUUGUUUUGAAGGCCAAAUCCCCCGUCCAACAAAAAAAGUAAAAAACAAACCUGAAAAAUGCCAAUCCCACCGUCCACGUCGAUUGAGUGCCCCCCGCCCCAGAAUCCCCGUGUGAUCGUUUCACUCGUCUCAAAAAUUCCAUACCCUCACACACAGUCACACGUCACGCGGGAAUCUACGCAUAACGAGUAAUUUAUUGAUAAAUAAAUGUAACUAAGUGUUUGUAGUCUAGACAAAGUACGUUGUAAUGUACUCCGAGUAUAGGUGGGAGAUAAGGCGCGAUGGAGCCGUUUAUUAAUAAAACUUUACAGGAUAACAGAAAAAACACAAGCAGAUUAAGUAUAACCAUAACCGCUCGAUUGUCAGCAGCUCUCACAGCUCUUUCAGAGUACAGCCAAGAAAUAUUGUUGAUUAACCACAGCUAAAUAUCCAUAUUCGCAUACAUGCAUAACUACUUAAUUAUUAAUUACCGUAUCAAGAAUAAACAGUGUUUAAAUAAUAAAGCGCGAUCGCUAUAUCACAUAACGUCGCGCACUGCAAGCGCGGAGGCACUUACUGCGGCAUCGAGGCAUUUAUGUAACAAUAAAGAGCCACCCCACGACUCGGCGCUCGGACGCGAAUCGGAGGGUAUCCGAACACGCGAGAGACUCUCUGUUCUCGAUUUCGCCGCUGCACUCGCUGGCUCUUUCCUCUCCACCUGCGCGAUGAUCUGAAUGCCACGCCAAAAGAACUGGCGCUACUUGCUACAGCACAGCCAGCUGCAGGCGAACGAGAAAGGGGUGGGCUUCGUGUUCGGAUUUCCCUUUUUCAUUGAACUUUUUCAACGAGUGCAGCCUUAGGUUCUUUCACUUAUGGCGUUGCUUUUAAUGAAAACACAAUACAAACCCCCAGAGCCCCUUCAAAAAUUCCUCCAACAAGCAAGACCCCCACCUACGCCCCCACAACAAACCCCCUCAGUCUCACAAAUAAAAAACGCGUUGUUUCAACUUCGUUCGCGAACUUCUGAGUUACGCGCCGACGCGACAACGUUCCGGGUACACUUCCUCUCGCGACUGCGACGAUUCGAAAAGUUCAAAUUUCUACAACUCGUACCUACUACUACGCUGAGAUGCAGUGGAUGAGGAAAAAAUCAACGAUUCCGGAAGCCUGUGAUAAAGUCAAGGGAGUGUGCCCCGAGCCAAAGCGUCGACGUACAAGUUGAACGUUACGUUUCAAACUUCAAACAUUUACGUACAGUUAGUUACCAUGUAAUACAAGUACAGAUUAUCGUUGAUUUGCCGAAGGUCGGAUCGCCCCGUAUCGCUUUGAGCGGUAUUCCGCCACAGAGGUAAGGCUCGACAAGGCGAUACGAGGACACAUCCGACUGACUUUAAUGGUAUCGAUUGAGUUUCGUCGAAGUCCCCUUUUGGGCAAACACACCGACGCAAUCCCGCAUUAUUUCCGCCGGUCGAACCGGGCGCAAUUCCUUGAUCUUCCAAUGAGGACGCGAAGUUCAGACGAAAUUCCGCGUAUUCGUCUAGUAUUGGUAAUCUUCAAUUCCGCAGUUAUAAGAAAAUAUUAUUAUACGUAAAAAAGAUGAGCUUCCGAAUGAAAUUCUAUUCUAGUCAAAAAAAAAAAAAAAAAAAAAAAAC